GUUCCGACUAAAACGAAGGAAGAAACUCGCCAUUCAUCGUCCGUCUUCUACUGAGUUAGCUCUGAUCUCUGGCUCUAAACUUUGCGGCUCCGAUCUCUGGCGCUAAACUCUGCGGCCCCGAUGUCUGUUCCGGGCGGUAACUCUUCGGCUCCUAUGUCUGCUCCGGGCAGUAACUCUUCUGCUCCUAUGUCUGCUCAGGGCGAGAAGUCUUCGGCUCCUAUGUCUGCUCCGGGCAGUAACUCUUCUGCUCCUAUGCCUGCUCAGAGCGAGAAGUCUUCGGCUCCUGGCGGGAAGUCGUCUGCUUCGUUGUCUUUGGCUGUGAACUCCGCUACUAAUAAAAUAUACCAGAUCCUCACGAGUACAAGAAUCUUUGGCUGUGAACUCCGCUUCCAAUCAAACAGCUCUAAGAUUCAAAAGUCUCCGGGCGAGAAGUCUUGGGCUCCUGGAGCAGUGGGGAAGUCGUCCGCUCCGUUGUCUUCGGCUCCAACCUUGCGUGUAGGAAUUUUCGACGCUAUUUCUCAGGUGGCUUUUCGUUGCUCUUGGUUUAGUUUCUAGGGUUCUUGUUUUAGGUGGAUAGGAAAGAUGCAGAAAACUGGUUGGCAAGUGUCAAGAAUAGAACCCGACCCAGACCUAAUGAAGCCUAGUUGUGGUGAUAUUGUUAAGGAGAUAGAAGCAGAAUUGAAAUAAGUAAGAACAGUUUGAACCCUUGGAAAUAAGGGCUGGAGAACCAGUUUCAUGUUCAAAGCAGUGGCUGCUGUAUAAAGUUGCUGAGUAGUG